AUGGAUGACAAAAGGCCUGAUACAGGUCGUGUUAACGCGAAAUGUAAAUAUAUCAUGCUUCUUAUGAUUAUGACAGUCACAUUAUACCUAUCAAUUGAACUAUGUCUUUUCACAUCGGAUCAAUAUGUGUUUUACAAUGCUGUGACGGAACAAGGCCUACCAUAUUUAACACGUCAAGAAAGACAUAAAUAUGCAAAUCUAUCAGUUGAUGAUAAAAUAAAACUAAGAGCUGCACAAAAGAAAGCUGCUACACUAGAGUCUACUACAAAUGCAGUCAGAAUAACAUUAGGCUUAAUUUCAAUGUUAAUAAUUGGCUAUAUAUCAGAUAGACAUGGUCGUCGUGUUGCUAUAGGUAUUCUACUCUUUGGAGAAUUUUUACAUAUAACAACAGUGUCUUUAAUAGUAACAUUUAAUUUGAAUGUAUGGAUAUUACUCCUUGCUGGUUUUUUUGAGGCUUUCUUCGGUGGUGGUCUUUUAUCAAUUUAUGCUCAAGUAGCAGCAAUUGUGGUUGAUAUAAUACGAAUUUCACACGCUAAAAAAGAUCUGACUGUUACAGCAGAAAAGAUUAGCCAUGAUACAUGGAUUUGGUUUACUGUGUUUGAAUCUAUAGCUUUACUAUGUUCAUCAAGUGGCAGCCCGAUCGGAGGAACAUUAAUCUAUCAAUUUGGUUUCAACGCUGUGAUUAUCACAGGUGCAAGUUUAUUUGUACCAAGUUUAAUAAUUUUAUGCAUUUUCCCGGAAACCAAUAAUACAUAUGGAUCACCUAUUAAUGUUGAAGAUAAUAAAGACAAUGAUUUUAAUGAAGCUCAUACAAUUGAAAUUCAACCUGAAUGGAAAGAGAAAUUCAUUAUGCGAAUAAAAAGUGUAGGACAUUUGGAUCCAAUCUUAAUUGUAAUAAUAAUAAUUAUCGUACUCCUAGCGAUUGGUGCUAUGGCAGAUCUUCAUUACAUUGUUAUCUAUCUCAUGGGUUCACCAUUCUUGUGGAAUCCUCAACAAGUAGGAAUAUAUAUUGGUCUCAGUGAUUUCAUAUCAUCUGUUUUGGGGAUUACAUAUACAAUUAUUGUUGUUAAAAUUCGUGAACGAAAAAGUAUGAAACAAAAAUUAGAAACAAAUGGUAAUCAUACAUCUCAAGAAGAACAUAAAAAUGAUAAAUCACGAAUAGUAUUUUUACGGAAUAUGAGAUUACUGAUCUUUACAUUGGCAGGUACUUUAUUAUUAAUGAUAAUAAACAAAAUAAUGAUGGGUAUUGCACAUCAGUUCACACAACAAACAGCAAGUACUAUUGCUUAUAUGGCUGCUAUUCCUCGACUAUCAAAAAGUUUCAUCUCACCCGUUGCACGCUCAAUGUUUGCACUAUGCACACCACCAAACAAUCAAGGAAUGAUUCAAUCAUUUGGAGGAUUCGUUGCUCGUAUUGGAUUCGUCAUUAGUUUUAUCAGCUUACCAGCUGUAUAUGCAGUCACUGUUACUAUAUUUCCUCCGAUUGUAUUUCUUGUUGUUAGUGGAAUCUUGCUUCUAACAAUCAUAAUUGAUCUGUCACUACUACCACUUCUGAAAACAAGCAAAGUUCAUCAUUAA